CUCAUUUAUUUUCUCCUGUAUCAUCAGACUCACCUACACGACGCCUCUCUCUGGUAUAGCAGAACCAUCGUCACGUCCAUCUAGCCCGCGGGCUUGACGACAUGUCAAUGCCCAGUCCUUCCGUCAUCUUUCAUCAGGGCUUACGAUGUUCUAAAGUCCCGCGAAGAUCUGCGGCGCUUGUGUCGCCUUCCACCGAUCUCUCAGCAUCGGCAUCUUUCCCUGUAACUCCAACUCCAUUUAACAACCUACUCUUAAGUACAGAUCCAACGCCGAACGUUGAAACUUCCUUGCGCUAUGACCCUGCCACAUCGAGUAUAUUGCAAGUGCCGGCAUCAGAGACGACUACAACAGCGCCUACCCCAAUACCAACCCAUCUACCACUCGUCACCUCUUUCACUGUCAGUGAUACAGUUGGAGAUUCAUCUUUUUCGUUUACAAAGGGCCGUCCAGAGGCAUAUAGCUUAGUGUCGUCAUAUAGUUCUGAGUAUCCGACGCUAGAACCAGUCGCAUCAAGCUUAUCUAGCCAUCUCUCGAGCUCGAGAUCAUCAGAGACUUCCUCAACACGUACCUCUUUCACAAGCGUGCCUUCUACAGCCGUUACAUCGACGGCAACGGGAGAGAUCACUCAUGAAAAUGGCUCGAAUCAGGAUAUUUCGCCUUCGUCUGCGAAUGAUGAUACACAUACCUCACGCCAAACAUUACUAGGCAGCAUACUUGGCGCAAUGGCCUUCAUCACAGCCGUGGUUCUAAUCUGUCUGUUAUUUUUCAGACGCAAACGGAGAAAAUCAGGUCGAGAUCAGGGUUUUGGAAGAAACGAAAAGCUUUUUGGAACGGGUCGGCAAUCAGCAGAUUCCUCGAUUGGAUUACAACACGAAUACUACCCUGCAGGGUCUAUGUGCUCUCAUUACAAUCCUGCCCCGAGAACGAUCGCCCACUACCGGGACCACAGUGAUGGAGCAUCGGCGCACUUCUCAGAUCCAUUUUCAGACUCUGCAGAACUACAUGGAGGAUCACGAAGCAGUAUACCUAGGGUUGAGAAUGCACCUCAGACUUUCUUUGUAGACUCAAAGGACGAUGAAAAACCGUGUAAAUCACGGGCGAACCUGCCGCAACGAACAGUUUCUGAUAGCUUUUUACCGACCGUCCAUGUAGCAGGACAAACGCCAGAUCAGCAAUCUAUCCAUAGCAGCGAUCGCAGCUUGGGCAGCACGCUCAUUCUUCCAGGACGAAGCAGUCUAGGGAGCAGCUUGCAGAGAUUCAGUUACCGGGUUUCUGUGGUAGAGCUUGAGCCGUCCGGCGCAAACGAAACAAUAACUAAGAUCAGCCCUCGGAGCACACGAAGCGACCCGUUUGACCUGGAAGUUCCAGCAAAGGUGGUGAUGCACCCACUUGGUUCGGUUACACAGCUAAGAUCCCAGAUCUAGCCUCGUGAAUCAAAGGACCAAACAGAUCGUCGCUGCCGAGAUAUUCCAUAAAGAAGGGGAAAGGUGGUGAUGUGUGUCUCUACAAUAAUACAUGAGAUAUGUGACACGAGCCAUGAACGUCUCUUACAUUGAUUGGCGUCUGAAGAGGAAUACUAAUACAUGGAAUGGUUGUAUUUGAUAUGAUUCGUCGCAGCAUACUGUACUUUAGCCUUUUUUCUCUUUCAGCCCUAGCUGGGCAAGCGACCACUAUUUCUGUACGAUAGGUUGAUAAUGUAGUAUCAAAACUGUUCGUUGUUAACUUUCCCUGAUAUACAU